CAGUGACGUAAAUGAGGGAUUUGUGAUUCUUGCGUGGCAAGCAGUAGAAACUCGUUGGAUAUGUAGACGUUUUGAUGGUUAUUUUCUUAUUAAAAAAGAAAUAUAAGUAACCUGUGUUUAUUCCGGUUCUUAACAAGAAGGAUCUCUUAGAAAUGAUAUGAAGUGGCCAUUUGUCCCCAACCACCAGCGUAAGAAGGCUCAGUUCUCCUUCUCUCAUCAAGCACCUUUAGGUCUGAAAAAAAGGUUCCUCACAAUGGUGUUUACACGUGGAGUAGGAGUAAAGCGUUUAAUAAUCUAUGGGAUAUCUUUUCUCAUCCUCGUAAUGGUAUUCCAAAUAUGGAAGAGACCAUGCAACUCAACUCCAUUUGGGGGUCAGCCUCUGUUACAGCAUAUCGUUGUGGACGCCGACAAGCGGACAUACAGCUACGACCGAAUGGAACCCAUGAUCUUCAUCGGAGGAAUGCCUAGAUCGGGUACGACACUUGCUCGAGUUUUGUUGGAUGCCCAUCCAGACAUCCGGUGUGGAGAAGAGACGCGCGUCUUACCCCGCCUUCUGCAAAUGCGUGCCCAAUGGAUAAAAUCUCAGAAAGAAAAAAUGAGGCUAGAAGAGGCAGGCGUCACAGCGGAGGUGCUUAAUUCAGCCAUCGCGGCGUUUAUAGUGGAAAUUGUCGCCAAGCACGGCGAGCCAGCCAAGCGGUUAUGCAAUAAAGACCCGUUUACCAUGAAAUCAGCCGUUUAUUUGUCCGAACUGUUUCCUCGCGCCAAAUUUGUAUUGAUGGUGCGAGACGGACGGGCGACUGUUCACUCGAUCAUCACUCGAAAAGUGACAAUCACUGGGUUUGAUUUGACCAGUUACCGGGAUUGCUUAACUAAGUGGAAUAAAGCUGUCACCAUUAUGCACAAUGAGUGUCAAAGUGUUGGACCCUCUCGAUGCUUGAUGGUUCAUUACGAACAACUCGUGCUUCAUCCUCAGAUAUGGAUGGAGAAAAUACUUCAAUUCCUCGACGUUCCAUGGGACGAUGUAGUCUUGCAUCACGAGCAGCUUAUCAAUCGACCUGGUGGCAUUUCGCUCUCUAAAGUCGAAAGGUCAUCAGAUCAGGUUGUGAAACCCAUUAAUUUAGAAGCGUUGAGCAAAUGGGUAGGGCAAAUACCCGAGGAUGUUAUCAGAGAUAUGCCCAGUAUCGCCCCGAUGUUGUCAACAUUUGGCUACGAUCCUCGAGCAAACCCACCUAAUUACGGUGACGCAGACCAAUGGGUAGCAAAUAACACGCUCAAAGUAGCUCAGCAAGAGCGGCAUUGGAUGAACAAGACUCAAGAGCUACUGAAAGCCAAAAAGCAGCAAGUCUCCCACGAUGAAUUUGAAGACAAAUUCGCUUGAUUAACUCUCUAUCUCUUCAUUAAUUUUCGCUCUCUUUUGCUCUCUCUUUAUUUUGUUUUCUCAAAAAGAGUCAAGUGGUGGUGCAUCACUUUGCCAAUGAUGACCUAUUCUUGUCACACUCAAGCCGUACUUGUCACACAUUUUAUACGAUGAUUUAAGUGCGCUCUGUAUGCUUCAGAAUAUUUUGUUGAAAAACGAAGGCUUUGUCAAUGUUUUGUAAGCAUCAUCUCAAUUGUCUUGUUUGUUUUUCUUACCAUGAUCGUGAAAGAGCUAUUGCAGGUAUAUUUUUCUUUCCGUUGUUCUCUUGCCCAAAGGCUGGUGAUUUUUCUUACUUGUUUUGUACAUCGAUCUAACGAUCAUGAUUUCCACCAUUCCCUGAAAUUGAAAGUUUGUUUAAAAUAACAAAUCAAGAAAUAAGGAACUUUCAGUCGAUCGACACAAUGACCAAAAGCGGAGACCUCAAGUCACCGGACGGGGAAUGCAUUGUGCUGAUCAGCCGUUUCUUUUUUUUCUCUCUUUGUUUUAAUAGCUUUAAAAUGUCCUUUUUAAAUUUUUUUUAUAUUCAAAGAGAAACUAAAUAUACAUAUCCCAACUGUGUAACGGAAA